AUGCAGACCCAUUCAUACCAGCCAAAGGGCGGUUCAUACAGCCAAAAGUCCACCUCCCUAGACGGAAUACGUGUCGUCUAUGAUAAUUACAGCGACCACCUACCGGGACCUGCUCUCGUUUUCAUACAUGGCUACACCUGCUCCUCCGCUCUUUGGAGCGCACAGCACCCCCUUCUCACAACCCACCGCGCACUCGCGAUAGACCUCCCAGGCCACGGUCGCAGCGAUGCGCCACAGAUCGAAUACACAAUGGAGCUGUUUGCACGAGCCGUAGAGGGGGUCCUGGCCGCCGAAUGCGUCACUUCCACGGUUCUCGUGGGUCACAGCAUGGGCGGCCCCGUGGCGACGAUGACGCUGCGCCUGAACCCGAAACUGGUCAAAGCGAUUGUCUACGUCGAUUCAUUCUUCGAGCUGCCGGAAAGUUUCCUGUCCCGAUCUGAGCGGCAGGCCCUGGCGGCGAAGAGGGUGGAUGAUGCUUUCUUCGGGAAUAUGUUGAAUGGCUUCUGGGCGGCACGAACUACGGACGUGGUUAGGCAGCAGGUGAUCAAGACGAUGAUGGGCACGCCGAAGCAUGUGAGGGUCAACACCUGCACCACAGACGUGCAGCCGCAUGCGUGGCGGGAAGGUGAAGUAUACGAUGUGCCUGCUCUGGUGGUCAACUGCCCUAUGUUUCCUGUGGAUGAGAGGUGGAAGAAACAUAUCAGCGGCUUAGAGGUCACAUGUUGGGCAGAAAAUGGCCAUUUCUUGUUCAUGGAGGAUGCGGAAAGAUUCAAUACUGCAGUCGACGAAUGGUUGCGCGAGAACCGAUUGAUGGGCGUGACGCAGAGUCAAUAG